UUAAGAUCAGUGACGUUUCACCUAUUUAUUCAUCAAUGCUUUGGGGAUUCAUUGUGCUGGCAAUGCUCUUACACCUGUAACAAGUUAACAUUUAAGUUUUCAAAUUUACCGCCGUCCGAAAAAAAUCCCUUAGAGUUGUAAUCCCCGCAAAACAAACAGGUCAAGUUCAUGGAAUAGCAUUGCCAUUUGUUAGCAUGGUAACCAAACAGAACGAAAAAAAAUCCUAAAUAUUUGUUUAAUCGAUGAUGUUAGUAACCAAAACUUGAGAAAUAAACAAACGCUUGAAAUAAACAGUUUUGAAAAAGUAGAGUAGUGUAAAAUUUGCAGAUUUUCUUUGGAAAUGUUAUAGCAUUUGGAGAUUUUUCGAUCCCUAAACUGAUGAAUUGAAUUGCUCUUACAUUGGUCGGUCAUCAUGGGAAAUACUGAAAGUAAUGUUACCAGUGGUGUCAAGAAACAGGCGGGAGUUUCCACCCAGGCCCUGUACAAAUUUGUCAAUCUAAAGGGUGGUGGCCUUCUGGUGGACAUGAUGAAAAGGGCCUGUCAAACGAAACAAUUCGCCGAAAUAGAUCAUGCCAUUAAAACCAAGGUGGAACCAUUUCUCUAUAACAAAGGAGCUGGUCGUUAUUUUCCGAUUUCGAAAAUGGUUUUGUUACGCAACAAGGAGAGGGCACGCACGAAACAACUGCCUGAAAUACGGGCCCUUGAAAAUCCCGAUGAAGAUUUCAAUAUUCACGACUACUGUUCCGAGGUGUCGGAGGCGGAGUACAUAUCCAAUCCGAGUGCCUAUCGUUUUGUUUGUUGGAAUUUGAAUGAAAGAGGUGCUGUGGGUGAAACAAUUCUACACUUGUGCCUGCUCAAUGCCUCCUCGUUGCAUGCGGAUUUGGCCAAGAGGCUAUUGAAAUUUUAUCCCAAACUCAUUAUGGAUAUUUACUUGAGCGAUGAAUACUAUGGAGAAUCGGUGUUACACAUUGCCAUUGUGAACGAGGAUCCGGCAAUGGUGAAAUAUCUAUUGGAUGCCAAUGCCGAUGUCCAGGAGAGAUGCUGUGGUGCCUUUAUGUCGGCCGAAGAUCAAAAGGCUUCGCGAUAUGACUCCCCCGAACAUGAAUAUGUUGGUGUUCAUCCCAUGACCAAUUAUGAUGGCUACGUUUAUUGGGGUGAAUAUCCACUGUCAUUUGCAGCCUGUUUAUCGCAGGAAGAAUGUUUUCGUUUGGUGUUGGCCCGUGGUGCUGAUCCCGAUAGCCAAGAUACCAAUGGCAAUACCGUGUUGCAUAUGUUGGUGAUCUAUGAGAAAAUCGACAUGUUCGAUGUGGCCUAUGAGGUUGGCACCAAUAUCCACAUACGGAAUGUACAAAAUCUUACACCCCUGACAUUGGCGGCCAAGUUGGCGCGGGUGGAAAUGUUUUUCCACAUUUUGAGUAUAGAGAGGGAAAUUUACUGGCAGUUGGGUAGCAUAACAUGUGCCGCAUAUCCUUUGUCAAAAAUCGAUACCAUUGAUGUUAAGACUGGGAAUAUAAACAAGGAUUCGGUGUUGAAUUUUGUGGUGUUUGGGGACAAAUUGGAACAUUUGGAGUUGUUGGAUGGCGUGGUCAUUGAUUUGCUUAAAACGAAAUGGGAAACAUUUGUCAAGUCCCGUUUCUACAAACAGUUUUAUAUGUUUUCCUUCUAUUUCCUCUUCUCCUUGGUGAGUUUUAUAUCCCGGCCAGGACCCAAAAUUGAGGAUGAAGAUGAGGAGGGGGAUGCGAAUGAUUCGGCGGGUAAAGGAAAUGAUUCUACCACAAAUGCCAGACUUUUGUAUGCCACACCUGCCAGUAGAGUAACAGGCAUUGAAAAGUUACCCUACAAAACAUUUUGGCUUAACUUUAGUGAGUACAUUGAUGAUGAUGCUAAUGCUGAAAAUAUGCCCUCCUGGUGGGCAAGCUAUGAGGAGUGUCCCCUGAUGGAUAUGGAAACGAAUUUGGCAAAGUUCCGCAUUGUGUCCGAAAUCGUAAUUUUCUUUGGAGCGAUUUUGUAUUUGUUAUCGGCCCUGAGAGAGGCCAAGUUUUUGGGUUAUAAAAUGUUUGUUGAAAAUCUGAUGACGGCACCCUCAAGGGUCAUGUUCUUGUUCUCCUGCUGCCUAAUGAUGACCAUACCCUGGCUAAGGCUAUCCUGUCUCACCGAACUGGAUGAUCAUGUGGCGGUGAUGAUAAUGCUUACCACGGCUCCCUACUUUUUGUUCUUUUGUCGAGGCUUCAAGACCGUUGGUCCCUUCGUUGUGAUGAUCUAUCGCAUGGUUAUGGGAGAUUUGAUACGUUUCGUAUCGAUUUAUUUGGUCUUUGUGAUGGGCUUUUCCCAGGCCUAUUACAUUAUCUUUUUGACCUUCGAUAAUCCUGCCACACCGGAGGAAAUUGAUGAUACCGGCACAAAUCCCAUGCCAUCGCCCAUGGAAUCAGUGGUGGCCAUGUUUCUAAUGUCCCUGACAAAUUUCGGUGAUUAUUACGGGGCCAUGGGUUCGACGCAACAUGAAUAUGAAGCGAAAAUUUUAUUCUUCCUUUUUAUGGUGAUCGUCAGUGUGUUGCUGGUUAACAUGUUGAUUGCCAUGAUGGGUAAUACGUAUCAGAAGAUUGCCGAGAUACGCAAUGAAUGGCAGCGCCAAUGGGCCCGCAUUGUUUUGGUUGUGGAACGUAGUGUGCCACCGGCAGAGCGUUUGAAGAAUUUCAUGCAGUAUUCACAACCGAUGUCGGAUGGACGCAGGGCUUUGGUGUUGCGUUUAAAUAUGAGUGAUGAGGACAAAGAGGAAAUGAAAGAGGUGCAGGAAAUGAAACGCAUACAUCAACGCUUUUCCAAGAAACGCCAAAUGGAGCGGGAGGCCAGAGCCAAAAAGCGCCAGGAGGAAUAUGAGAAAUUCUUUGGCGCAACACCAACGUCCGAUAAUGAAAAUAAUAAUUUCUAAUCAAAAUUGCUAGGAAAAUUUAAUAAAUUGUGAAAUGUUAAGUUGG